UUAUUCGCGUUUUGUCCAGGCUCAAACAUAGCUCAUCCUCCGCAGGCUCAUCCUCCGCCUACACUUUCUCUCUCACUCCCUUCAUCAGCAUCACCGCCUCACCCCCCUUCUUUUUAUAUCGGUCUCUUGGACUCAGUUUGUUCGUAUUCAGUCUCUUCGCCGCUCGUUCAGCUUGAGUUCAAACGAUCUUAAUCUCAUCGGACAUCCGCAUUGGUGAUGGAUCACUUUGUUUCACGCUAGAGCACGAGACGCACAGUUAGUGUGUGUGUGUGUAAGAGAGAGAGAGGAAGAGUGGACGCGGUUGGGGAUCAGGAGGAAAGCUCGAGUCGAAAGCCGUGAAGGGAGGAGUUCGUCGAUUGGAGGUUAAGCGGGGUUGAGAAGAACGACGGGAAUGAGUUGGAGAAGUUGUAAGAGGCGCUGAGGUGUAGAAGCGGAGAUGUGAGGCUUGAGUUUUUGGAAGCCUGUGAGAGGAUACCGCCAGUGGUGCUUUGUGUGUGUUUGGGGUUUGUUGGUUGAUAGCGGGGGGUUUCACGCCUGAGAUUUUUGAGGAGAGUGCAGAGGAGUCGCGUCAUCAAGGUUUGAUACGGAGUUUUGUUUCGACGUGAAUAAUUGGAGAGUGUCUAAAGUCGGUUGAGUGAUUCCCUGGGAGGUUAGAACGAAUUCGAGGCGGAAAGGUCAUUGUUGCAGCGGACUGUUUUCGUGAAAGAGUGGUGAUGGCGCUAAGAAGUGAUGAUAGAGCGGGGAGUACCACUAAGGCUCACCAGGCUGAGCUGGGAGUACACUUCCGCGGUGUGAGGAAGCGGCCCUGGGGUCGGUUCGCGGCUGAGAUUCGUGAUCCAUGGAAGAAGACGCGAGUGUGGUUGGGGACCUUCGACACUGCGGAAGAAGCUGCACGUGCAUACGAUAGUGCGGCAAGGGCACUGAGGGGUACCAAAGCUAAAACGAACUUUUCUCCACCUCCUCCCAGCGGUGAUGAUCAUAGCAUGACUAGUCAGAGCUCAACCGUGGAGUCCUUGUCUAACGGGCCGAUGAAGCAGAGUUCUCAUCAUCCAUCCAAAAGUAUUCACAUUAAUCUCUAUCGAUCUAGUGGGGGAGCAUCGGAGUCUUCGUCGUGGCGUAAUCGUUUGGACCUGAAUGUAUCUGUGGCGCAGGAUCCGUUGCCUGUCACCGAUGACGGACAACUCCAAUACAAGAGUGUAAGCGCUGGUCGGUCGUGCGUUGAGGAGGGCGUUACUUGUGCUUUAUCGAGCAAACGGGCUGGACCGAGCCCGAUCCAUGCUCUCUUUGAAGAGGCUGGCCAUGUAGUCGAAAGUAAACGUCAGAGGGUCAUGAAGAAACCCACUCCGAUAACUCCAACCGAGAGGUUGUCAGUUGGUCGUGAUUGGUUGGGCAGCGAAGAAAACACAGUACUUGGAAUGGAACAGCAUGCGUCUGAAAUUACUCCCGAGACGCGUGCCUGCCAUAGUGACUGCGAUUCGUCCUCUUCCGUGAUUCUCAACUCUGAGGCAGCAUGUGCGACCCCCCCUACGCCGCACGAUGCGAAGCCCGUGAUGCGAAGAACACCCUAUCCCUUCUUGUUAGACCUUAAUCAACCUCCUUGCAAGGACCGGCAAUAGAAACCGACUUCGGUUUGUCCCAACCAGGGAUACAAGUCUUUUUGAGUUAGCGUAGUAAGUUGCUUCUAACGUCGCGCUGAGGCACAGAUACACACAUCGGAGAGCAUUUCACCAUCAUCGCUCCCACCCUGUUUCAGUACCACACUUCCAUUUAUUCAUUAAAGAGCUUUUUGCAUGUGCUAGUACCA